AUGUUCAAUCAGAAAAUCGUAUCAUCUGUUUCCGGGUGUAUUUUGUAUCAUGCCCGCAGAAACUUAUUUACAGCUCAGACAAAGAAAUUCUACAAAAGUGUGACUGUAUCUCAGUCAAAACAUGAAAGUAAUCAGUAUCCUACUUUUGAAAUCCUUCUUGAUAAUCGUAAACUUCGAACUCCUACUGGUCGUUAUUUUCAAGUACCAAAUCAAGCCUUGGCUGUUGCUGUCGCACACGAAUGGGACAGUCAGAAGGAUACAAUAAAACGAUAUACAAUGCCUUUAACAACACUAUGCAAUCGAGCAUUGGACACUCCAGAUGAUGAACAUGAUGUUUUGGUUGGUGCAAUCAUGCAGUAUGCUGACACAGAUACCAUAUGUUUUAGAUGUCAAGAGCCAGAUGACCUGGUCACUAUACAAUCUGCUGCCUGGGAUCCUAUAAUUAACUGGAUUGGCAAACAUUAUCAAAUCAGUCCUGUACUUACUAACAGCAUGACGUCGUUCGCUAAAUUAUCUUCUGAGGAUAAGGCUAAAUUGGUUCGUCAUUUUGGAAGUUAUAAUAUUUGGGGAUUGACAGGUAUUAAGUCAUGUGUCGAAAACUUAAAAUCAGUAUACCUUACAUUGGCUAUGUUGGAUGGAUAUUGUUCUGCUGCGAAAGCUGUGGAAUUAAGUCAGAUAGAAAUGUUAUUUCAGGUUAAUCGGUGGGGAGAUGUUCCAUCCUACCAUGACGUAGAGAACGCUGACCUAAAUUCGCGCGUUUCAGCUGCCCUCCUUUUAGCCAUACUAAGUCACCACCAGCAAAAUACAGAAAAGAAGUUUGCAGUGAAAUCAGUAAAUAUGUAA